AUGUCUAUGCAUAUACCUAACGACUGUGUUACUCUCCCAGGAGAGGUCAUUCUCCUCAUGGCAGAAAAUCUCAACCCUCAUGAUCAAUUAUCGCUCUUACGCGCUAUUCCUGAACUCAUACGACUCUUGACAAUCCGACACACUACGAUUCAGGACGGAGAUGGGAAUACAAUUUUACACCUACUAGCAGAAGAGGCUGAGAGCGGACUAAUAAACGCCAUGCUAGCGAAGAAUAGUACUCCCGUGAACACGAAAAAUAAGAAUGGUCGAACUCCACUGUCGCUCGCAGCUUGGCGUGGGUAUGAAACUGUGGUGAAGCUCCUAGUGGAGCGAGAUGAUGUGGAGGUGAAUUCGGAGGAUACCUGGGGUCACACACCGCUGUCAUGGGCAGCUUUUGAAGGGCAUGCAGAAGUGGUGAAGUUGCUACUGAGGCGAGAUGAUGUGGAAGCGGACUCGAAGGAUGGUUUUGGUCAGACGCCGCUGUCGCGUGCAGCUGCAUGUGGAAGUGAAGCGGUGGUGAAACUACUUUUGGAGCGAAUUGAUGUGGAGGCAGACUCAAAGGAUAACGAUGGUCAAACGCCGCUGUACUGGGCAGCUGAUUCUGGAAAUGAAUCCGUGGUGAAGCUACUUGUGGAGCGAGAUGACGUGGAUGUGAACUCGAGGGAUUGUUUAGAUCGGACACCGCUAUUGCACGCAGCUGGCGAAGGACAGGAAGAAGUGGUGAAGUUGCUACUGGGGCGAAAUGACGUGGAAGCGGACUCGAAGAACGAGUUUGGUUGCACACCGUUAUUGGGCGCAGCUGAAUGUGGACAUGAAGAGGUGGUGAAGUUGCUAUUGGAGCGAGAUGAUGUUGAGGCGGAUUCGAAGUAUCUGAAAGGUCGAACACCACUGUCCCUGGCAGCUGAAUAUGGACACGAGGCGGUGGUGAAACUACUUUUGGAGCGAAAUGAUGUGGAGGCAGACUCGAAGGAUACCGAUGGUUGGACACCGCUGUCAUGGGCAACCGAGCGUGGACAUGAAGCGGUGGUGAGGCUGCUGGUCGAGCGAGAUCCAGAACGAUCACCAGAAAAAAGAACAGAUUGUCCUCAGGUACAACUUGCCUUGGGGUAA